AUGUUUCCCCUCAGACUUCUGGUUCUGCUGGGCCUCCUCGGGCUCUAUGAAGGUCAGGGGGAGACCAGAUCGAGCUCCUGCGACGACUUCACUGACCUGGACCUGUCCCAUUGCUUCAUGGGAACCAGCCUGUACGUACGGCUGCUUCUCUACACCCGCGCCAACCUCGAUUGUGGCCGCGAGAUAAACCACCACCACCUGUCCUCCCAGCCGCUCCUCGACCUCCGUCGGCCCACCGCCUUCGUCAUCCACGGCUACCGACCCACCGGAGCACCACCAAUCUGGAUCAACCACAUCGUGCACCUGCUGGCAGAGCAGGAGGACAUGAAUGUCAUUGUGGUGGACUGGAACAGAGGGGCGGCUAACCUGAACUACUUCACUGCCGUGACGUACACUGGAGAGGCCGCUCACAACCUGACGGGCUUCAUCAGGACCAUGCAGGAGGAAGGAGCGUCUCUGAGCUCCAUCCAUCUCAUCGGGGUCAGUCUCGGAGCUCACCUGGCUGGAUUUGUUGGAGCGAACCUGAAGGGAAAGAUUGGUCGCAUCACAGGUCUUGAUCCAGCCGGUCCGAUGUUCACCAGCGCCACACCAGAGGGGAGGCUGGACCCCUCAGACGCCAUGUUUGUGGACGUCCUUCACACCGACAUGAACUCGUUCGGCCUCAUAGGGGCUCAUGGCCACAUUGACUUUUACGCCAACGGUGGAGCCGACCAACCAGGAUGUCCCAAAACCAUCUUUUCUGGUAAGUCUUACUUUGUGUGCGACCACCAGCGCUCGGUGUUCCUGUUCUUGUGCGCUCUGAACCGGACCUGCAAGCUCACCGGGUACCCCUGCUCCUCCUACAGCCGCUUCCUGGACGGCCAGUGUCUGCAGUGUGAGGCCUUCAAACCUGCUUCCUGCCCCGUGCUCGGAUACAACGUAAGCCAGUGGAGAGACACUCUUGUGCAACUUGGACAAACCAAAGUCUUCUUCAGCACCACAGCCUCUCUUCCCUACCGGAAGCUGAUCUACAGAGUGGACAUGGUGACAUGGAACCAGUAUCUACGAUGGGGGGUAGUCUACAUCCGUCUGCACAGUGGCAGGACCUUUACAGAGGCCAGAGUUGACCAUAAGCUCCUCCGGUUCGAGCAGUACACCUCCACCCGGCUGCUGGCCCAGUUCGACGAGGACCUGCAACCCGUCCAUAAGAUCUCCCUGCGGAUCAACACCGGGAACAUCAUCGGGCCCCGCUACAAAAUCAGACUUCUGAGGAUCCGCUUCACGCCGCUGGAGCAUCCUGACAGGCCUCUGAUGUGUCGUUAUGACAUCAUCAUGGAGGAGAACAUGGAGGUGGCGUUCAGACCUCUGCCCUGUGACUCUCAUCCCUGAAAUCCCGACCUCACGCACCUCUUCUUCUACUACGAUGGAAACACAUCUGUCUCUUUAA